ACUCCUAGUCCCAUUUUACAACGUUUUAUACUUUUUAUCAUAAAAAGAGCGGAAAAAGAUCGAAGGGAAGCACGGAAAGCAUCGCGAUUCUUGUGUUGUGCGUCAGCAGAGGUAGAAAUUCAUCGCUGUCUCGGCUCUGUUUCUGUUUAAUCUAUGAAGAUUAAUUUGAAAGAGAUACAUAGCUUUGUAUAGUCAUCCUUCACAACGUUCAGCAUUUUGUGUUCAGACUAACAGAAGUAGAGAAUGGUCAAGAGGUAUGGAGCAUUUUGAUGUGCAGGAGUUACCAUGUUGCAGUGUUUAGAGGGAGUCAAGCAUUUGGGUGCUUCCUUACUACGGUGUUGUGAUCUUGAUUUGUAUAGGCAAACAAGGGGCCUUGACGAUCCUGAAGUCCUUGCACGAGAAACCGUGUUUAGUGUCAGUGAAAUUGAAGCACUCUAUGAGUUAUUUAAGAAGAUUAGCAGUGCUGUGAUUGAUGACGGGCUAAUCAACAAGGAAGAGUUCCAAUUGGCCCUAUUCAAGACAAACAAAAAGGAAAGCUUGUUUGCUGAUCGGGUGUUUGACUUGUUUGACACGAAGCAUAAUGGAAUCCUUGGUUUUGAGGAGUUUGCUCGUGCACUAUCUGUUUUUCAUCCAAAUGCCCCUAUUGAUGAUAAGAUUGAGUUUUCUUUUCAACUAUACGAUCUCAAGCAACAAGGCUUCAUUGAGAGACAAGAGGUGAAGCAAAUGGUGGUUGCUACCCUUGCUGAAUCGGGCAUGAACCUUUCAGAUGAUGUUAUCGAGAGUAUUAUUGACAAGACCUUUGAGGAAGCUGAUACCAAACAUGACGGGAAGAUUGAUAAGGAGGAAUGGAGGAAUCUCGUCUUGCGACACCCAUCACUUCUGAAGAAUAUGACCCUUCAGUACCUCAAGGACAUUACAACUACGUUUCCAAGCUUUGUGUUCCACUCUAGAGUCGAGGAUACCUGAUAAAGGAUUGCAUAAGGUUCUUUGAUGAAGUCAGCUUUUCUUCCUUUCUUGCAACCAUGUUGCUGCUAUGAUACAUACAUAUAUUUGUAUUGCAUUGCGGUUUUCUUUUAUUCUAUCAUUAAGUGAUUUGUUAUUCUUUUUGGGAUCAGUUUGUGUAGUUUUGCUGCCAAUAAAAUAAAAACCGGAUUCUUAUUCAA